UGGGGGUAGUUGUUAACUCAGCAUCGUUGAAUUUUUUUGAAUUUUCAGAAAUUCGGACAAGAAAAAUGGGAUUUGAGGCGCUGGAAACUGUGGACGACGGGAGUGGUAUUCAUUCGGACGAUUUCGAUGCACUUUGCAAAUCUCAUGCAACAUCGAAAUUGUCGAAUUUUUCGGAUUUUAAUCAUCUUACUACGUUUGGUUUUCGCGGCGAAGCUCUGAACUCACUUUGCGCUGUAAGCUCGUUGUCCAUCAUAACUCGACACGCCGAUGAACCAUUGGCAACCAAACUGCAUUUCGAUCAUAGCGGUUCGAUAAGGUCACGCGAGAAAUGCGCCAGAACAGUUGGUACCACAGUAACUAUAGAAAAUUUGUUUGAAACGCUUCCCGUGAGGCGGAAAGAAUUCGAGCGAACCGUCAAAAAAGCAUUCGCUAAACUUCUAACUGUUGUACAGUCGUUUGCGUUGUCGAGAACAGACGUACGAUUUGUUGUGAACAGCUUGAUACCUGGUAAGCAACAUCAAGCACUGGUAACGCCUGGUGGUAAUGCAACAAUUAAAGAUGUCAUUGUGAGCCUUUUUGGUGCGCGUUUUGAAAAAGGAACAAUUCUGGACAUUGUUGAGCAGCAUCCAGAUGAGACCAACGUUUUGGUUAUUUAUAGAAUCAGCGGCUACGUGAGUUCCUGUGUUCACGGACAGGGGAGGAGUAGCGCCGAUCGGCAGUUUGUUUAUUUCAACAAAAGGCCUAUCGAUUAUAUCAAAUUAUGCCGAAUAGCGAAUGAAGUGUACCAGCAGUACAAUCGUGGACAAUACUGUAUGCUAAUUCUCUUUGUUGAUGUUCCUCCUGAAAGUAUUGACGUGAACAUUUCGCCCGAUAAACGAUCGGUGUUUUUUGAACGUGAAAAAGAACUGUUUGCGUUGUUACGUGCAUCAUUACUGGCCACUUUUGCACCACAUCUUGGCCAUGCUGGUUCUUUAAAUACUCCAAUAAGCAAUGAUCUUCCACUGUCAGGAUCCGCAGAUGAUUCGUUUAUUCGCCUAACACAGAUAAAUGAGACUGAAGAUGAUGAUGAUUCGUUUGAUGUUUCGGCGCAAAGUUUUCGGCCAUCACUCGAGCCAAAAAGCAAUCUUGGCCCUCCGGCUGAUAUCACUGUUGCAACCGACAAUUCACGUGGGCCGAGAUUAGGUAUGCUCAGUUAUAAAAAUGAAAAAUUCGUGUUAUUUUCAGUGCGUCUUUGGUAA